AUUUGCGCGUCACGCAACUCACGAUCCUUCUCUCGAAGCAAUCCCAGCUAAUCUCCAGUUGUGUGCUCGCGCGAGCUGCGGCGCAUACUCGUAUUUUUAUCCCCAUCCAUGUCCUUCUGACAGCACGUCAUCGUCCUCUUGCGUCCCGUCAUCAACCCCUCCACAACGUCUUUCUCUACUAGAGCUACUAUAGCUACUAGCUGUUCACACAGCCUUUCUGCCAUUGCCAACUCAUAGCCUCCUAAGCACGCGAGCACGCCGAGCUCGUCGGCAGCAACAGCUACAAAGCAGCUCAUCUCCCGCUGCUUCUUCCCAGACUCAUCGUUCCGUCCUCGCAGUCGCGAUCCGAAGCCUCUCUGGCGCCGUAUCCGCACCGCCGAUCCUCGUCGCAACUUAGCUCAACCUUCGCACUCAGCUGAGCUUCGCACAAAGCUCGAGAACAGAAAUUCCUUGGCUGCAUCGUCCAAGUUCGAGCUCGGCCGUUCAGCUGUGUGCGGACGCCUUUGCAAAACUCCAUCCUGCACCGUGCUCAAGCUCUGGACCCCGUUCUGCUCCAAUCUUUUUUCCACCGCCGCGUGAGCUGGACCCUCCCGUGCACAAGGCUCGUCGCGACUCGUCGCGUGGACAUACGAGCUGGCACAACUCUGGCUCUUUCGUCACUUCCUCGCCAUCUCCACCGGUUUCCCGGCUGAUGGACGCCAUUUUCUCAUCGGCCGCCGCAGCUAAUUCGUCCUUUCGUCCUUCCAUCCUUCCAUUCCCCUCCUGUGCUAGUGACGUCCAUUCGUCUCCGAGGUGCGCUCUUUCGCAGCAGCCAGAGGACCCUGAGAGCCACCGGGACCCUCUGAGUCAUCGCCAGCGCAACCCGCCAGAACUCACCAGCAGACACAGCGGCAGCAGUAGCAGCAGUAGCCGCAGCAUCGGCCGCAGCAGCGACGCACUUGCGCGGAACAGCUUCGGACUUAGCUGGCGGCUUUCCUCCGAGUCCGCGUCCGUCGUCGCUCCCGCCAUGAAAUUCGACGAGCAGCCGGCGGAGCCCCGACAAGAGUCACUAACAACGGCACUACUAGUAGUAACGGCAGACGGACCCCAGGUACUCACAACGGCAGUAACGGCAGACGGAUCCCAGGUACUAACAACGGUAUCGGGAGACAGAUCGGAGGUAGUGGCGGGAGUUAACCCAGAGGUCGCUACGGUAGCGGGACUUGGACUAGAGCAGGAGCCGGAACGGGCACUGCUGCCAGCUCGUGUGGAGGUCGGACGUCCAACGGCAGAUUUUGAAUCCGAGUGGGAGCACGGGGUACAUGAUAGUCAGAGACCGGCGGGGGCUGACUCGGCGUCCGAGUGGGAGCACGGGGUGAGGUUUCUCGACUUCGGAAGCGCCGCCUCGCCACGAGAAGCUUCGGAGCCUUUGGAGGUAUCGAGCUUUGAACGAGAACUGCAAUUGGCGGCGCAAGAAAUCAUCACGCGGCGAAGCGCUGGACAAAAUAGUAUAAAGUCCUCGCCGUUGGACGAGACAUAUCCCGCGGCGACGAAUCGCGAACAAUUCGACGAGCCCUCGCUAGAUUUCGCAUCCUCGUUACUAGACGAUCCGCUGAGUGCCCGCCCGCGAUCGCCCGCGGAGGCGGCGCCAGAGAUGCGAGAGUCGCUGCAGCUUUUGCCUUCCACUAUCAUUUCCCCGUUCCCCCCAUCGGCGCAGAAGUCGACGCGGAUGUCCCCGUUCCGCCAAUCGGCGGAACAGUCGUCCCCUUCCGCAAUGCGCCACGCGGACGCAGCUUCCCGUGGCAGGCGGAGUCGGAGCCCGAGCGCUUCCCCAGCCGGAGGAUCCCCGCUGCUAAGCGCCAAGCGUAACGACGACAGGGCGGAGCGGAGUGUGCGCGCCGAUUCUUCCCCGCGCGCGGCCUUUACAGGUUCCGCGGAGCAGUUUCCGCCAGAGCAGGCGGUGCUGGAAGCGAUGCUGUGCGCGCCUGCGGGGGACGUCCCCCGCGACGGGUGGAGCGGCGGAACCCCCGCGGAAUCUACUAUGGAGACGCUUGCGCGGAUCACGGCGCAGAUCGGAGCAAGCCAGCUCGCGACAGACGCGCCGCUAAUACAAUUCGCGGGGGAUGCGGAGGAUGCGGAAGCGUGCGGCGGGGAGUUCGGCGCGGAGGGAGCGGAGAGCGGAAUGUACGAGGGGCUGCUGGAAGCGGUGAUCCGCGCGCGGCCAGCGCAGGAAAGAGGCGGAAGUGGCAUGACUACUAGCGGCGGAGCAGCGGAGACUGCGGGGGGGAAUGCGCCGGGGGAAAAGGCGACGGUGGCGGAAGCGGCGUUGGCGGAACUGGAGUCGUCUAUAUCCGCGCUACAGGCUUCCCUGCUACAGCAGCAGCAACUACUAGCGCAUCAGCAGCGACAACAACAGCAGCAAGAGGAGUUCUCAACAGCACAAGCUGACCGCAGCAGGGCACUCGACGAAACCCUAACCCCGCAACUCGUUACUGCUGGCAGCAGGCUUAUUUGUGGCCCGGCUGGCGACAACUCGUUACUACCGCAGAUUUUCGCCGCCGCGGAAUCCCCCUUGCGCGGCGACUUCGAGGCGCAAGCAUGCAGAGACUCCUCGACCGCAUGGGCAGACGAAACUGCCGCCGCUUUGGCUGCGGAUGGCGCCGCCGCUGACAGUGCGGGCAGAAAUGCGGCGGAAACGGCGGAGGCGCCGCUCCCCCUGCUUUCCGCCGUGGACCCGAAUCAAGAGGCCAUGGUUGCGCUCGCCGCCUCCGCCUCCCCCCCGGGCGCGCCCCUCGCCAUUCCGCUGCUGCAGCCGAACCACUUCCCCGCGCUCCCCGCUCCCGCGCAGGACAAUCUCGCCGCGAGCUUCGGCGCUGCCAGCGCGCCACACGCGGCGGCGGCGGCGGAAAGCGCGCAGCUGGCGCUCGACGGCCGCACCGGCGGAGCAGCGGCGCGCAGCGCGUUCGGGAAGUCGCGGUUCUUUCCGCGCGCCGCGACGGCGCCGAGCCAGGGGAGCGCGGAAACCGCGGCUGCGGAGGGGGAGGUGAUUCCAGCCGGGGUAACCGCCAGUGGCGGACGGCCGUUGUUCCGCCGAUUCCAUAGCUAUAACGACCGCCGAUCCGCCUUCCUCGCUACUGCUGCUGCUGCUGGCACUGGCUGCGGCGGCGCUGGAUUGGGCGGUGGUUUGGGCGGCGGUUUGGGCGGCGAUUUGAGCGGCGCUUUGGGCGGCGGGCGUGCGAUCAUCAUUCCCGCGAGCCUAACGGUCAACGCCUCGUCGCUCUCCCCAUCAUCUUCUGCCAUUCUCGGGGCACUUCCUGCCCUCCAACCCUCCGGCCCCGCUCGCGUGACCUCCACCUCUGCUGCGCUUGAGGAAGGGGCAGGAGGAGAAGGCGAACUGUGCUACAUGCUGGAUGCUCCAGCAGGAGCAGGAGCGCUGCCAGGUGUGGUUCCAGCAGCAGGGGUGCUGCGAGGAAGUGAGAGGUGCAUUGUGUGCGGGGCGCAAGGGAGUGAGGCGCUGGUGGUGGAGGCACACGCCUGCUCCACCUGCCUGGCCUUUGGCGAGUCUGUCUAUGGCGAGGCUGUUUUGAACGAGGCUGCUACGGCCCAGGUCCUCCGGACCUCCUUCGCAGGCUCGGCAGUUGCCGCCGAGCCUCAGCUGCAGCAGGCGGACAUGUUGGAUCGGGAUAAUUUGAACGUGCCCCAGGAACAGCAGCUGCUGCAGUUCUUGCUUCUCCAGCAGCAGCAGCGGCAGCAGCGGCAGCAGCGGCAUUUUCAGACAGGAAAUGAUAGUGCCUUCCCUAAUUCUGCUGCUGCUGCUGCUGCUGCUGCUGAUGUUGCUGGCACGGGCAUUAACACCAUAGGAACUAGCAGCAACACUCUUGGAUGCAGCAGCAGCAGCUUAAGCCACAGCAGCACCAUCAGCAGCAAGAGGCACAGAAGCCACCUCUUACCAGCAGCAGGAGCAGCAGCAGGAGCAGCAGCAGGAGCAGCAGCAGGAGCAGCAGCAGGAGCAGGAGCAAGAGCAGCAGCAGGAGGGGCAGCAGAAGGGGCAGGAGCAGGGGAGGGGGGUGGGCGUGACUUGCAGAAAAUGAUCGAAGCAAGCAUCCGAGCCAACGAGUUUGCUUUGGAACGGAUUGGAGGGGAGAAGAGGGUCGGCUGGGGGCUCGGGCGGGGCAGGGGUAGCAGCAGCGGCAGCACUGUGUGCAGCAGCAGUGGCACCGGAGACAUCUUCAUUGCCUCUGCUGCUGGCGCCGCUGCCAGUGCUGCUGCUGGUACUGCUGGUGCAGCUGGUGCUGCUGGUGCUGCUGGUGCUGCGAGUGGUGGUGGUUUGGGUGAACGUCCGUCAGGGCAGGUGAAGAGAGGGAGAUGGUCUCAGAGGGAGAGAUGGUCGCACCACAUGCGUAUGGAAUACCUACGAGAACAGGAGCAGCAGCAGCAGCUACAGCAGCAACAGCAGCAGGAGGAGCAGGAGAGAAGGCAGGAGGGGUUGGUGCUGCAGUGGCUUCAGCAGCAGCAACAGCAGCAGCAGCAGCAGCAGCAGCAGCAGCAGCCUCCAUUGAACCCUCUCGCGUCUCCUCCUCUUUCUGUGCUUGACAUUCCCUUGCUCAGCAACUGGGACUCCCAGCUCCUCCUUUCCUCCUCCGCCUCUGCUCCCCUCCACUCCUCCCUCUCCAAUCCCCUAAGCUUGGCAGAAGCCUGCAGCUCCGCACCUCCGCUUCUGGCUCGGCGGUCCCGGACAUGUGCGAGCUCGCAAACCUCUGACCUCACACAAUAUGUUGCGAGCUUGAGGGCUGGGGUUGCUGCUGCUGCUGCUGCAGCUUCUACUGCUGUGACUGCUGCACCUUUUGCUGCUCCGAAUGCUGACUUAGCUGCUGCUGAUACGACUGCUCUCCUCACCGCUCUCAACCCCUCAGCACUCCCUAGCUCUGCUGCUUUCCGUGCCUCUUCCCAGGUCGAUAGAAUUCUGGCAGCUGCCAGCUUGGGGCUGGUAGGCUUGGGCCAAACAUCUGCACCUGCCUCAGUGGUGAUCCCAGGUCGGGCAUCCUCUAAUGCCUCACUGUCUGCUUCAGAAUAGCUGUGAAUGCGGAUCAAUUUCAGUACGAUAAAAUGUUGGUCGAUUCACAGGUUCCAAUAUGCCUGCUAUACUUGAGAUGGCAGACCAUGGCUACAGGACAGGAGCAUCGCCAUGGGAUAUUGUGAAGCGACUAAACAAGUAGGUGCUUGUUGUGUGGAUUGCUUGCUAUCACUGUAUUUUUAAGACUUGCACUCAUGUUCAAACCC